AUGAAGCGUUUGACAUUCAUAACGCUAAUGAUCUCAUCCACGCACUAUUUAAAUGCUCACGACCAACGCUUCCAAUAUUCUUCCCCUCUACCACCACCUGCUCUUUCAAAGUUCAACCUCGACCAACUUGAACUUUGCUCUUUCUAUCCCAAAUCUUCUCUAGAUAAACCCCAAAGCAGACCGGACUCUCCUCCCUCUCCGCUCGCAAUGGCACCACGCCGAAAACAGCAGAGAGGUCGAUCUACCUCUCCGACACCACCGACGGUGCCCUCCCCGAUGCUGGCAGAAAUGCCAUGGUGGGAUUCUCCAGUUCCAUUCACCCCAUUGGGACCGCAUGAGCUUGGUGCUCACAAUAUGCAUAUGAUGACGGGCGACCCACAAAUGCCAUAUUAUCUCGCUGGCCCCACAACUGUGCCGUACUUUUCGACUCCCACGCCCUCAAGCGUGGCAGAUCGUGUUGCAACCCCGCGAGCACCACCUACACAUGACAGUGGCUCAAUGGCGCCCCCCACGCGAGCUACAAAUCUUGAUUGCAUCGACCCUGCCUUGUUAAAUGACGAGUCGGAGCCAGCGUCUUUCCCCAUCGUGACUGGGGGCCGUAAGAGGGGUCGACCAGCGGGUGCGUCGCAGUCCAGGAAGAAGCCUAAGUUGGAGCAAACGCGAACACCGCUCCCUGCUCCUUCUCGCCGUAGGGGCGCGCCCACGGUAGGUGGAUCUGAGAGCCCCGAGGAGCCUGACUUGUCUGCCACAUCCUCUACAGAUGAAGCAGCGAGCCCUCCGGAGACUGACUUGCCUGCGUCUCUGUCGGUAGGUGGGCAACAGUCAGCAGAUACUGCGAUGUCAUCCGGGGCAUCCAAUACGCCCACAAUUCCUUCCAGUACACAGGGUACGCCCAGCGUAUCUGGCACACCUGGUGGAUCGCGGGGCACCAGGAGGGGGAAAGGUAAAGGUAUGCAUAUACCUUCGGUUGGGGAACACAGGGCACAGUGGCACUUUAACAAUAAAAAGCUCAGCGAUGAUUCGGCGGCCGAUGACCACGCGUACGUGUCGCACAGUACGGCUCAGAGUGCGGACAUUCGACUUAUCACUUUUCCAGUCAGCGCCGAAGAGAUCUUGACAUUCUUCCCUCGCCAUACCUACUGGCAUGACGUUAGUCUUCGUUUCAAGGACCAUGGCUGGACGCCAGGUACUAUCGCCCAGUUUAUCAACUGGUCGCGAAAUAUAACAGAUGAGCGCGAUGUUCAACGCACAACGGUACACCACCAACUUAAACAAGCGAAAAAAUGGCUCAAAAACGCUCAAGGCUCAAGCCACGCCGCUGGAACCGCAAGGUCGGCUAUACCUUCAACCUACGACAGUGCCACGGGUGGUCACUCAGGCGCCCUCGGCUCGAUGGACUACUUUUUGGUCGACUUGGCUGAGGGGGUGGAUCCGGACAAGUUUCCAAAGGAUGGUCACGGGGCGUUGGCAUUAACGGCAGCAAUCAAUCACGCUAUCCAGAACGAUCACGAACACGAGCCCCUGAGCAAUGUGGUCAAUUAUGUGAUGCAACACAACCUCUUCAACAAUAAUCCCCAUGCUGCUCAUAAUGCAGCAAGGGAGGACGAGGCUGCAGCGGAUUACCACCGGGUCAAGAUUAAGAAAUACUGCGACAGAGUUUUCAAAGGUCGCUCUUGA